CAAGUCGAUUGAAUAAAGUUAAGGACAUGGAAUAUAAAAUGGAUGCAGUUGCUCGAGCACCGUUUCUUCCAAAGUGCAUAUUCUGCAAAUGAGUGGCCUGAAUGAUUGGUUGAUAAGCAGCAUAUACAAGACUAAUAUCAAGAAAACACUGUGUCUGUUGCUGCUAUGUUUGACGAAGCUGGUGCAGAGUCACGUCUGCUGAAAUGCAGUUGAAAAAAAUGAGGGAAAUUUUACCAAAAUUGUACCCUGGCCAAGUUAAUGCUAAAAAUAAUUCCUUAACUACAUCCCCAAAGCAAUCUUCUGAGGAUAAAACAAAUCCAUCAAAAGGGGGUGAUGACCAGAACUGCUGUUAUCAGGGGACUGAGGCUGAGAAUACUAAAUUUUCACUGAUAAGCUGUAUAAAAUGCAGAAGUGUCCAGAAAAUUUCAGUGCAAGAUAUAGAAACGCAUAAGAAGCUUGGGUGGACUGAAGACAAAAAUUUCAUCUGCAAGAAGUGCAGUCAUAUUACACCACCAGCUUUCCAUUUUGUUGCUGAGGGUGCCAAAACUGUAGACUUCGAAAAACAUGAAAGAAAAUCCCCAAGUAAAGCCCAGAAAGCAUUUAAAGUUAAAAACUUUCUGCCAGGUAAAUACUACUGUGAUAAAUGUAGAUUUUCAACAAAGGAUUCUCUACAAUAUAAAAAGCAUGUAGGUCAACAUGAAGAAAUUAAAUUUGUUUGUUCCCACUGUAAAUAUGUAUCCUACACCAAAGGAGAAUUCCAGAGACAUUUGGUGAAGCACACUGGAACUUUUCCAUAUCAGUGUCAAUACUGUGAAUAUGGGGCUGUUAGACACGACUAUAUAGUGAAACAUACGAGAAGAGUCCAUGAAACACCCACAAAACAGCUGUUGAAUACUGCUACAAACCACGUGCAAAAGAAGCCAAGUCAAAGCACUUUAUUUGAAAAGCGGAAAUACAAUAAAAUUUCUUUUCAAAAUCAACUUUCAAAUUCAACUUCAAAUAUGGUUUGUGAGAUUCCAGGUAAAGCACCUAAAACGGUCUCUUCGUCUCAUGAUGUAGAGUGUAGCAUAAACACAGCAUCGGUCCGGGAUAAAACAGUAUUGGAGGCAUCUGAAGUAAGUGUCUCUGAGAAUCAGAGUGUGGAAGUUGAAGUUUAUUCUCCAAAAACGGAGCCUUUACAACCCGGGAUGCCUUUAACAGUAAUUGCACCAUCUGAACUUGUAGUUCCUUCUAACUGUUUAGCUCAGAUAGUAGAGAUUAAAAUUGUGAAUGGAGCGCAGCAGCUGGUUCUUAAACUAAUUCCUAUGAAAGAAGCAACUUACAAACCUGUCAGUGGUGCUGAAGAGGAACCUGAGAAUCAAGGUAUAGAACGAUUUGCAGAAGGAAGAAAAACGUCUUCUGUGUCUCAAAAUGAUUUACUAACCAUGGAAGUGAAUGUAGACAAGUUAUCCAGUGUUAGUAACCAGCUUAAUUUAUCUAAUACGUAUGACAGGAAUUCUGAAUGUCUUUGUUUUUCUGAUUCUCAGCCCUCAGACUGUAGCUCUGUGUCUAUACAGAAAGAAGAUGCAUCAAAAUUUUGCUUUCACUUGGUGAAAGGUAUUGAUGUCCAUUCAGGUGUUAUAGAACUUUGUUCUCCAUCUCUGGUGAUGAGUAGUACUGAAAAAAAAAGUGAUCUUAAGUCCUCAGGGUGGGAACUAGAUGGAAGAAAUACCUUACACUAUGACUUGUAUUGUUAUGAAGGUGUGGAGAUACCCCCUCCAAAAUAUGCUGCUAUUUCUGAGGACCAAAGUUCCAAGAACAUUUCAGCAGAAGCUGUUGAAGAGGGCAGAGAUUCUCCUGCAGCCCUUAAGCAAAAGAAUACAUUGUCUCUAACAAGGAGUGACAAAGAAUGUAGGAAUUUGCCAGUUGGCUCUGCGGAAACACAUUUAGGUGAUAAGGGAUUCGAUGAUAAAUGUGUUACAUCUUCUGAAGAAGGAAAAAACUUUCACGUCACUGUAACUCCGCCUGGCAAAGAUGCGACUUUUGGUGAUAUCAAAGUAAAGAGAGCUGAAACCGUAAGUCAAAAGAACAGUCGUCUUCUGGAAUCUUUGGAACUACAGAAGAUAGACAAUAAAGGCAACCCUUCUGAGGGACCUGUCAUUUCAUCUGUAUUUUCUCUUAGCUCUGGGGCUGAAAAUGUUCCAGAGGGUGUCAGAUGGGAUGACAAGACACGCAGUAAGAAGUCAGCAACACUGCUGUGUAGGAAGAUUGCUCAGCUCAUGUCUGCUGCUGAAUCUAACAUGAAAUCCAUGCCUCUGAGAUCUCAAGCUUCUAGUAAAAAGGUGCUUUUACCUCAAGAAAAUUCAGCAAGCUGCAAGAGCAUUGUUCCUGUUGCUGAAGUGGAACAGUCUCCAUCUCUGUCUCACGUAUCUGGUGGAAGCAGUGUGAUCAGUAGCGAAGAACACAGUGAAGAUCCAUUGCUUACCUUUGCAAGAACAUCUAAAAGCAGAAUAACUAAAAAUUCCCAUGUUGCCACUCCAGUGUUUAUACCCAAAGGGACAAUGCUGAGAGUGCUGAAUGCUAAUACUAGCAGCCAAAACUCAAACGGAACGGAGAACGGGAGUGAAACAUCAGCCCCUUCUGUGUGUUGCAAUGAGAUGUUUCUGCCUCGCCCUGUUCCUGUCAGUGUUACUGAGGAACUCAGCAGUAAUGUGCCAUGUUUGCCUAAUCAAAGGGAACCGAUUGCCGAGUCCCGAACGCUCAGACAAAGACCAAAGCGAGAGGCGAGUGUUAAAAAUAAUAGCAAACAAACUGGUGUGCCAUUUCAGAAAAGCAGUGAUGUGAGUAAGCAAAGCAAACCCCAUUCAAAAGGUCAGCAAGGGUCCAGAAAUCAGGCCAAGAAAGCAAGCUUCAGGGAACUUCCCAAGAGGAAAACAAGAACUCAGUCAGAAACCAGUUCAAGUUCUGACAUGUCGUAUCUGUUGACGGCAAGACGUCUUCGACUCGUCCCUUUCAGGGAGAAUCAGUUGAUAAAAUGCCCUCGUCGCAACCAGCCAGUUGUGGUACUGAACCAUCCUGAUGUUGAUUCGCAGGAGAUUAUUAAUGUCAUGAAGACUAUCAACAAGUAUAAAGGUCAAGUCCUGAAAGUAGUUCUGUCGGAAAGGACAAGUAGUUGUCUUGGUGUUAAACGUUAUCGAAAGCGUCUUACUCUUCAGAAUGCUGAGACGGGAAGCCAAGCAAAAAAGCCGAAUGCCCUAAAAAUGAAGCUAAAAAAGACCCAUAAAAACAAUUACCAGGUGGUGGAAACUUCACCAGCUGAAACACUUCCGUGUCUUUUUAAGUGUUGGUUUUGUGGAAGAGUAUAUAUGGACCAAGAAGAAUGGAUAAGUCAUGGACAGAGGCACUUGAUAGAGGCAACCAAGGGCUGGGAUGUUCUUUCUCUUCCAGCAAAAAAGCAGAAAUUGAGAGACUAG